AAGUGCAUAUAUAUAUAUGGAAACUGUUUAGAUACAUAUAAUGUACUUGAACAGCUAAAUAAAAACAGACGUUCCUGAACAGUGCACUAAUAAGGUAGCACUUGUGGAUCUCAGACACUGGUCAUUUUUAAGGGGCCAUAUAGAUUCUGUUUAUCCUGAAUAAAGUAACUAAAAAUUGCAUUAGGAUCUUGGAUAAAAUGGCAGUGGAGAAUGGCUUGGACAGCCAAACAAAUACAGGUGCAGCCACCACAUCAAAAAGCAAUGCAGAAGAAGAGAAAACCUCCAGCAUGAAUGGUGAUCAAGAAGACUCAAAGAAGAGCAAAGGGGAUGAGAAAACUAACACUGUUCCAUUUCGGAAACUGUUCUCAUUUGCAGAUUCCACUGAUAUUUUGCUGAUGAUCCUUGGCACAAUUGGUGCCUUUGGGAAUGGGAUAUGUAUGCCCCUUAUGACUCUGCUAUUCGGGGAACUGUCCAAUUCUUUUGGACAAAACCAGAAUAGCCCCAACAUGGUUGAUACAGUUUCCAAGGUGUGUCUAAAAUUUGUCUACUUGGCACUGGGUGCGGCUCUGGCAGCUUUCCUUCAGGUGGCUUGUUGGAUGGUGACAGGGGAGCGACAGGCUGCACGAAUAAGGCGUUUAUAUCUGAAGACUAUUCUGAGGCAAGAUGUUGCAUUCUUUGAUAAGGAAACAAACACUGGCGAGGUUGUUAGCAGAAUGUCUGGUGACACCGUCCUAAUACAGGAUGCAAUGGGUGAGAAGGUUGGGAAAUUUUUGCAACUGACUACUACAUUCAUCGGAGGCUUUGUGGUAGCAUUUAUCAAAGGGUGGCUUCUAACCCUUGUCAUGUUAUCCUCUCUUCCUCUUCUUGUGGCAUCUGGUGCAGUUAUGUCCAUCAUCAUACCCAAGAUGGCGUCCCGGGGACAAAGUGCUUAUGCAAAAGCAGCAAAUGUAGUUGAACAGACGAUUGGCUCAAUCAGAACAGUUGCAUCAUUCACCGGUGAGAAGCAAGCUAUAAUUAGUUACAAGAAAUUUGUUUUAAAAGCUUACAAUUCAGGCGUUCAGGAAGGCUUGGCUUCUGGUUUUGGUCUUGGCACAGCUACGUUUGUAGUCUUCUGCACUUACGCUUUGGCAGCAUGGUUUGGUGCAAAGAUGAUACUGGAGAAAGGAUAUAAUGGGGGUCAAGUGCUGACCGUGAUAAUUGCCGUGUUAUCUGGUUCCAUGUCUCUAGGACAGGCAUCUCCCUGCAUGAGUGCAUUCGCUGCGGGACAAGCUGCAGCAUUUAAGAUGUUUGAAACUAUAGGGAGGAAGCCAGUGAUAGAUGCUUAUGACACAAAGGGAAGGACGUUAGAUGACAUUCAUGGAGAUAUAGAGCUAAGGGAUGUUUAUUUCAGUUACCCAAGCAGACCGGAUGAAUUAAUAUUCAAUGGCUUCUCUCUUUCUAUCCCAAGUGGCACAACUACAGCUUUGGUUGGACAAAGUGGAAGUGGGAAGUCAACAGUCAUUAGUCUGAUAGAGAGAUUCUAUGACCCUCAUGCUGGCGAAGUUCUUAUAGGUGGAAUUAACCUCAAAGAAUUUCAGCUCAAAUGGAUUAGAGGGAAAAUUGGUCUUGUCAGCCAGGAACCUGUGUUAUUUGCAUCCAGCAUUAAGGAUAAUAUUGCAUAUGGAAAGGAUGGUGCAACUAUUGAAGAGAUAAGAGCAGCAGCUGAACUAGCCAAUGCUGCUAAAUUCAUUGACAAAUUGCCACAGGGGCUAGAUACCAUGGUUGGUGAGCACGGGACACAGAUGUCUGGUGGACAGAAACAGAGGAUUGCCAUUGCUAGAGCAAUUCUGAAAGACCCACGAAUACUACUUCUCGAUGAAGCUACAAGUGCACUUGAUGCAGAGUCUGAAAGGAUAGUGCAAGAGGCAUUGGACAGGAUUAUGGUCAACAGGACAACAGUCAUUGUUGCCCAUCGUUUGAGCACAGUAAGGAAUGCUGAUAUGAUUGCCGUCAUUCAUAGAGGAAAGAUGGUUGAAAAAGGCUCGCACUCAGAACUACUCAAGGAUCCUGAGGGAGCAUACUCUCAGCUUAUACGCUUGCAAGAAGUAAACAAAGGAUCAGAACAAGCUUUAGAUGAUCGAAACAAUCUGGAAAUUACUGUGGAAUCAUUCAGACACUCAACUCAAAGAAUGUCAAUCCAACGAUCUAUAAGUCGAGGAUCAUCUGGAGUGGGAAACAGUAGCCGCCACUCAUUCUCUGUAUCAUUUGGUUUACCUACAGGAGUUAAUGUACCAGAAAUUGCACGGGCCGAAACAGAAUCCCCUUCAGUACCUACAGAAGAACUUCCAAAUGUUCCACUCAGCCGCGUUGCCUACCUUAGCAAGCCUGAGAUUCCAGUGCUUAUAAUUGGAGCUGUAGCUGCAAUCCUCAAUGGCGUAAUACUUCCAAUUUUAGGAUUACUAAUUUCCAGAGCUAUCAAGAUAUUUUUUGAACCUAAUGGACUAAAAAAGGAUUCAAAAUUUUUGGCAAUCAUGUUUAUGCUCCUUGGUCUGGCAUCAUUUCUGAUGAGUCCAGCACGAUCAUAUUUCUUUGCUGUGGCUGGGUGUAAAUUAAUCGGACGUAUUAGAGUAAUGUGCUUUGAGAAGGUGGUUAACAUGGAGGUUAGUUGGUUUGAUGAUCCUGAUAAUUCAAGUGGUGCAAUUGGUGCAAGGCUCUCAGCAGAUGCAGCAUCAGUGCGUGCUUUAGUAGGGGAUGCACUUGGUCAGAUGGUAGAAAAUAUGGCUUCAGCGGUUGCUGGGUUGGUCAUUGCCUUUGUCGCUUGCUGGCAGUUGGCUUUUAUUAUCCUGUUAUUGAUUCCUCUAAUUGGAGUUAAUGGAUUUAUUCAAGUGAAGUUCAUGAAAGGAUUUAGUGCAGAUGCAAAGAUGAUGUAUGAGGAAGCGAGCCAGGUUGCAAAUGAUGCUGUUGGAAGUAUAAGAACGGUUGCUUCUUUUUGUGCUGAAGAGAAUGUCAUGGAAUUAUACAAAAGAAAAUGUGUAGGUCCGAUGAAGACUGGGAUACGGCAAGGACUGAUUAGUGGAAUAGGAUUUGGGUUAUCUUUCUUCUUAAUGUAUUCUGUCUACGCAACUAGUUUCUAUGCUGGAGCUCGACUUGUUGAGGCUGGCAAAACAACAUUCUCAGACGUUUUCCGGGUUUUUUUUGCCUUAACCAUGGCAGCAAUAGGAAUUUCUCAAACAAGCUCCUUCGCUCCUGAUUCUAGCAAAGCCAAGAACGCCGCCACUUCCAUAUUUGCAAUAUUAGAUCUGAAGUCAAAGAUAGACCCAAGUGAGGAGUCUGGCAUAAAAUUGGAUGAUGUAAAGGGCGAAAUUGAGCUUCAUCAUAUAAGCUUUAAGUAUCCUUCUAGACCAGAUAUUCAUAUUUUCCGAGACCUCAACUUAAAAAUUCAUUCUGGGAAGACGGUUGCCCUCGUCGGAGAAAGUGGUUGUGGAAAAUCAACAGUGGUCUCACUUUUACAAAGAUUUUAUGAUCCUGAUUCAGGCCAUAUAACACUGGAUGGAAUUGAAAUUCAAAAGUUUCAACUCAAAUGGUUGAGGCAGCAAAUGGGGCUUGUGAGCCAAGAACCAAUUUUGUUCAAUGACACUAUCCGUGCCAACAUUGCAUAUGGAAAGGAAGGAGAUGCAACUGAGGCAGAAAUUAUAUCUGCAUCAGAGUUGGCCAAUGCCCACAAAUUCAUUAGUAGCUUACAACAGGGUUAUGAUACCAUGGUAGGUGAACGAGGAGUCCAAUUAUCUGGUGGGCAAAAGCAACGUGUUGCCAUUGCACGUGCCAUAGUUAGAAGUCCAAAAAUAUUAAUAUUAGAUGAAGCUACUAGUGCACUAGAUGCCGAGUCUGAGAAAAUUGUUCAAGAUGCAUUAGACCGAGUCAUGAUUAACCGGACUACAAUAGUUGUGGCUCAUCGAUUAUCCACAAUCAAGAAUGCUGAUCUAAUAGCAGUUGUUAAAAAUGGUGUAAUAGUGGAGAAAGGAAAGCAUGAAACUUUGAUUAAUAUCAAGGAUGGAUUUUAUGCCUCCUUAGUGGCACUCCACACUAGUGCUUCAACCGUUUGAAUUAUUUUCUAACUGUUCUCUUCUCUUAUCGAGGAAGACAUGCAACAUUAUUAUUAUUAUUAUUAUUAUUUUGAUAGGAGGACAUGCAACAUUUUAAUUUUCAAUGUAACAUUUUUGUAACUAAAUGUAUCAUACACUAUCAUGCAUUUUAAAUUGUAUUUUGAAAAAUCAAGUUAGUACAAUUUUUAUUUUGAGUGAAAAAUGAGAUUUUUAUUUUUAUUUUUUAUUUGAGAGAGAGAGGAGUGGAGAUAAUAUCAGUUAACGGAAUGGGUUGACAACCAUUUAUUAUCCGUUUUAGGUUUAAAAAGAUAUCAUUUGAUUUCUAAUCAGAUGACAAAUGAAGUAUUUUGAAGUUUGGUAGGAGACAAUAUCUAGAAAAGAUUACAACUAAAAAUCAAAAUAUUCCUUCAUUUUAGGUAAACCCUAUCUUAAAUUUAAAACAGAUCUUUAUUUAAAACUGAAAAAAUGAAAGCAAGCUGAUCUGACAAAACUCUCACAUCUUCCUCCACUCCUAAUCACAAAAUAUGAAGAGAGUUUUUAUCUUCACUUGCAUUUUGUUUACAUCAUUUCUAAUAGCUAGUUCUGACCUUUCACCCUCAGAGUCACCCUCAUACUCACCCUCAGAGUCACCUUCUGGGGGUUGCUCAGAUUUAAUAUGGGAUUUGGUAGAUUGCAUGUCUUAUCUGAGUGAUGAAAGUGAGGUGACAAAGCUAGGCCCUGAUUGUUGCACUGCGUUUGAAUUAACAAUGAAUACCGGUGCUUCGUGUAUUAUAGAAGCCAUAAAGAUUGCUCCUUCCUAUGAUAUUAAUUUGAAUGUUACAAAGGUCCUGAUGAUGUCUGAAGUUUGUCGUGGUAGUAAAUGAUUUGAUCUUUAUCUUGUUUUGCAUACUAACAUUUGCAAAUUUCUACUUAUUUAAUGUGUUAAUGAGUUGUGGGGUUUUAUUUUUUUUGCAUGCAGUUUCCUUGCCUAGGACAUUAAGAGCUUAAUAGUGAUGCUCACAUCUUUUUUUUUUUGGUUAUAAAAAUUAAUUUUUUGAGAUUUUUUUUGGUAUUGUUAGAAAAAUGCAGUUUCCUUACUAUCAUUCAAGGCAUUUUUUUUUUUUUUUUU